AGGGGCUGCGGGCAUGGGGCGGCCCCGGCUCCCCCUGACCUCGGGGCCGCGUGGGAGGUGCUGGCGGGCUAGAGACACGCGCCGGGCUCUGCCCUGAGCUGGGAGCGCCGCCAGCCUCCGCCGCAGUAGAAGGGAGCGAGCGGAGACGGCCAGGCCCGUGCUCCCUAGGGAUCCUCCCGGGAGAGAGGCCUGGCUGCGCUAGGGUCCCGCUGCGAAUCCAGCAGCUUGGCGGGGAGCUGGGCUAGAGGAGCCGAGGCGUGGUGAGCUGCGAACCACGCGGCCCCCAAGCGCCUGCUGCAAGUCGCUAGUGUUUAAUGGGACGAUGUACACUUUUGUGGUACGAGAUGACAACAGCAGCAUCUAUGCUGAAGUGUCCAAAAUACUCCUGUCCACCGGACAAUGGAAGAGGCUGAAAAGAGACAACCCCAGAUUUAACCUGAUGCUGGGGGAGAGGAACAGACUGCCCUUUGGGAGACUGGGUCAUGAACCUGGACUUGUGCAGCUGGUAAAUUACUACAGGGGAGCUGACAAGCUUUGUCGCAAAGCUUCCUUAGUGAAGCUAAUCAAGACGAGCCCUGAGUUAUCAGAAUCCUGCACAUGGUUCCCAGAAUCAUACAUGAUUUAUCCAACUAACCUAAAGACUCCAGUGGCUCCCGCGCAGAAUGGAAUUCGCCAUCUUAUAAACAACUCCAGGACGGAUGAAAGGGAAGUGUUCCUGGCCUCCUACAACAAGAGAAAGGAGAGUGGGGAGGAGAACGUGUGGAUAGCCAAAUCCUCGGCCGGUGCCAAAGGUGAAGGAAUUCUUAUUUCUUCAGAGGCUACUGAACUUCUGAACUUUAUAGAUGAUCAAGGACAAGUGCAUGUGAUUCAGAAAUACCUUGAAAAGCCUAUGCUGUUACAGCCAGGCCAUCGCAAGUUUGAUAUUAGAAGCUGGGUUCUAGUGGACCACCAAUAUAAUAUCUACCUCUACAGAGAAGGCGUUCUGCGGACCUCUUCAGAGCCAUACAAUAGUGCUAAUUUCCAAGACAAAACCUGCCAUUUGACCAAUCACUGCAUACAGAAGGAAUAUUCUAAAAACUAUGGGAAGUACGAAGAAGGGAACGAAAUGUUCUUUGAGGAGUUCAAUCAGUAUCUGAUGAGUUCUUUGAACAUUACACUGGAAAGUAGCCUGUUAUUGCAGAUCAAACAAAUAAUAAGAAGCUGCCUUAUGUGUAUAGAGCCUGCAAUCAGCACCAAACACCUUCACUACCAGAGUUUCCAGCUCUUCGGCUUUGACUUCAUGGUAGAUGAGGAACUGAAGGUCUGGCUAAUCGAAGUCAAUGGGGCCCCUGCUUGUGCACAGAAACUUUAUGCAGAGCUUUGCCAAGGUAUAGUGGAUGUAGCCAUCUCUAGUGUCUUUCCCCUCAGUGACAUAGUGCAAAAGCAGAGCCAGUCAUCCAUAUUUAUGAAGCUGUGAUGACAACAAGACCAUCUUAGCGACACACACGGGAGAGCUGCCAUCGAUCGAUUCUGAGGGAAGGCUGUUCGAUCAUUGACUUUAGUAUCAUGCCAAAAAGGAGGAAAGAGACAACUUUUUGGAAAUUCAUGAGGAAAAUAUAAAUAAAAGAAGGCAUUCAAGGAGAGUCCAGGAUGAGCCAAAGUUGUUCAGACAACUCUGCCUGUGUUUCACCAAACUUUGCUUUGGAAACAGCUCAUGUGACUUUAAUAACUGAAGCAAAGCUCUCUGGGAGAAAAGCAAAAUAAUGUUUUAAAAAAAACCAGGGAUACAAUAAUA